AUGGUCAAGCCAUCUCGUAUUGUCACUUUUGUGAUUGGAACGCUCCUGGCCCCUUCACCACACCUCCCCCACACCUCCCCCACACAUUCACUACACCCAGGUUCAGCCUCCCCCAUGCCUUCACCACACCUUCCCCAUGCCUUCACCACACCUUCACCACACCUCCCCCAUGCCUUCACCACACCUCCCCCACACCUCCCCCACACCUUCACCACACCUCCCCCACACCUUCACCACACCUCCCCCAUGCUUUUACCAUACCUCCCCCAUGCCUUCACCACACCUUCCCCAUGCCUUCACCACACCUUCACCACACCUCCCCCAUGCCUUCACCACACCUUCACCAUACCUCCCCCAUGCCUUCACCACACCUUCACCACACCUCCCCCACACCUCCCCACACCUUCACCACACCUCCCCCAUGCCUUCACCACACCUCCCCCAUGCCUUCACCACACCUCCACCACACCUUCACCACACCUCCCCAUGCCUUCACCACACCUACCCCACACCUCCCCCAUGCCUUCACCACACCUCUCCAUGCCUUCACCACACCUCCCCCACACCUUCACCACACCUCCCCAUGCCUUCCCCACACCUCCCCCAUGCCUUCCCCACACCUCCCCCACACCUUCACCACAUCUCCCCAUGCCUUCACCACACCUCCCCCAUGCCUUCACCACACCUUCACCACACCUUCACCACACCUCCCCCACGCCUUCCCCAUGCCUUCACCACACCUCCCCCACAUCUUCACAACACCUCCCCCCACCUCCACCACACCUUCACCUCACCACCCCCACACAACAACUCGGGUUCAGCCUCCCCCACAACUUCACCACAACCAGAUUCAGCCUCCCCCACACCUUCACCACACCUCCCAUACACCUCCUCCACACCUCCCCAACACCUUCACCACACCUCCCAUACACCUCCUCCACACCUCCCCAACACCUUCACCACACCUCCCAUACACCUCCUCCACACCUCCCCAACACCUUCACCUCACCUCCCCUACUUCUUCACCACACCCAGGGUCAGCCUCUCAUCCACCGGCAGAACAGCAUAUGGCAGGUCAGGGUGUUCUGGGGCGACAGGAGGACCAGGGAGAAAGAUCAAAAGGAGAAAAAGGUCAAAUAG